UUUUUAUCGCAGUUUUUUGAAUGACGGUCGUUGAAAUGCAAGUUCAGUGUCGAACCGGAGACAUUGAACUUCGUAAUAUUUUAGGACUUAUAAUCUGGCAACCUUUCUAUCAGUUUCUAUCGGUCGGUCAGCCAACGGAUUUGCAUGAUGUGUGUAUUGGUAUAACUGAUAAUCAUGGUUCCCUACAGGUGUAAAACGUAAAACGGUUCAUUGAACUCAGGAGAUGGUACCAGUUAGCAGCACAUCUACACGAACAAAUGAUCUUUAGAGCAAAUGAAGUCACUGAAACUAAAGCCUCAAAAAACCACGAACAUGAAAUGAAAUUCCGCUUCAACGUAUAAAGUGGAGUCCAUUUGUUUACGACGUCGUGGAAUUGAUCAAAUGAUAUUUUGAAUGCUUAAAGCAGAACCAGAACAAGUUGACAACGAAGAAGAACGCAAUGAAGAAGUCGAAAAUGAAAUCAAAAACCACAGACAGUCGUACUUGGAUGAGGAAAAAACGAUAUGUCUGUUUGCCUGCAUGUGUCCUUAUUUAACAGCUUUCUACUUGAUGUUUAUAGCAUGGAGGUACAUCAGCGUAAUAUUCUAUGCCACCUAUGCUACAGAAUGCUUCUUUAAGGCCAAACUUGCCACGCUCCGUUGUGAUGAUUCCGGUGUGUUUCCAUAUCCUACAAAGUUCGAGGUCGCCUGGCAAAUGUCAUCAGCCGUAAACUCUUUAAUAUCAAUAUCUAUUGUGGCUAAAUUGUCACCGUUUCCUGGCUUUCGUGUCAUUUGGAAAAAGCUGGUUCGCUACGCUAGGUUUUGGUCACUUUCAUUCCAACUAAUAGUCGUUAUCACCUACAACAUUAUCCUAAUCCUUCAUGAACAUUUGACAAUCAGUUUUGUUAUCGAAGUUGGGUUCAUUAUAGACGAAGUAACUGUGACACUUGUUGUUUGCUUGUGGAAUUUUAUUCCAGCCCCGAACAAGGACACCGCUACCUCCAGCUUUCAGUGUUGUUAUUAUGUAACGCUAAUUGCAUAUUUUCUAGAAAAUCUUUAUUUAUUUGUACUAAUGUCGUCUCAAGCUGCUCUAGACAUAACAGGAAUACACGAGUUUGAACACCGUCCAGCUUCUCUGCAAGCUGUUAGUAUUGUGAUGAACGCAACAGAGGCAACUUUUUAUUUCGCCAUCAUGAAAUUCUUCUGGAACAAGAUGUUUGAACCUGACAGGGAUUUGUUUGAAAAAGAGACAAUUUAGUUAUCUCCAGAGGUAACAUCCAUGAAAAGAAACAACAAGUGACAAGGUGGCUUUCAACGUAAAAAACAUUUAUUUAUCAAAUAUCAGUAGACUGAAUCGAUAAGUUUCGCCGAUAACAACACAAAUGAUAAAAGGAUAAAUUAUAAACCGUGAAAAGAUGAAAAAACCUACUGACGUUUCUUUUGUCUUAUUCUAUCAUAUAAACACUCCUUUCUACCACCU